UUCCUCACAAGAACUGUACUGAUCUGCAAAAAUGAAUCAUCCUCCAACAGCUAUGACAGCAUACGGCUUCAACCCCCAGGACAUGUGGAUGCCGGUACCACCUUCAUUCCCCUUCUGUCCUCCUGGGCUGGAAUAUUUAACCCAAAUAGAUUGGUUAUUAAUCCAACAGAAAUAUGAAAUUCUGGAACUCAUAACAGCUUUUGAAACGGCCAACAAGUAUGAAGUGAAAAACCGUUUGGGACAAAUGGUGUAUUUUGCCACAGAAGAAAACAACUGCUGUGUGCGGAACUGCCUUGGAACCUUGCGGCCCUUUACCAUGGUGAUCGCUAACCACAUGGGGCAGGAAGUCAUCCGGCUCGUGCGGCCCUACCGUUGCACCAGCUGCUGCUGCCCAUGCUGCUUGCAAGAGAUGGAAGUCCACGCCCCCCCAGGCAUUCCAAUUGGUUAUAUCAAGCAGUUGUGGGACCCCUGUCUGCCCAAAUUUGCACUCAGAAAUGAAGCCCAAAAGGAUGUCCUUAAAAUCAUCGGGCCUUGCUUAACGUCCAGCUGCUGUGGCGAUGUGAAUUUUGAGGUGACUUCCCUAGAUGAGAAGACCGUUGUUGGAAGAAUUUCCAAGCAGUGGAGCAAUUUUCUCCAGGAGUUCUUUACGGAUGUAGAUAUCAUUGGAGUCAAGUUCCCGAUCGACCUGGAGGUGAAGAUCAAAGCACUGGUACUUGGGACUGCUUUCCUCAUUGAUUUCUUGUUCUUUGAGGAAGGAGGAGGUGGGCAGCGACUUGGUGUCUGGUGUUAA